CGACAACGUCUUAAAAAAAACAGAGUGGUGUACAAGUGUUCAAUAAUAAAACUUCCAUUUUAAAUGGAUAUUUAACAAUAUGUCUAAGUUUGUGUGUGUAUAUUAAGUUUAAAUAAUGAUGUUUUGUAUAGUUUUAUUACGAUGGUGAAAAAAUAUUGUAUAAAUUACUUUGAACUUAUUUAACAGCACGAUGGCGUUAAUGAAGAUAAUAUUAUAAGUCAGUGAAUUCGAACCAGUCAAUAUGGAUAAUCAAUUAUUUAUGAAACCUCCAACACCGGUUGGUAACGAUAUGCAAGGAUCACUUCCAAAUGUGAGCAUGCCGCCACCAACCAUGUCUGCGCCUCCACCAAACAUGACAGUUCCGCCACCAAAUAUGCCUGGAGCACCUGGACAGGGACAAGGCGGUGGUAAUUUUAAUCAACGCUUUAAUAAUAAUCAACAAUUCCAACCACGACAAUUUUUUCGAUCAUUUCAACCGUUUGUUCCACGUGGUCCAAUCGGACCGAUGACAUUAGAGGAUUUUGAUGGGAAACGUUUACGUAAAAGUGUGAUGCGAAAAACUGUUGAUUAUAAUUCGGCGAUUAUUGAAGCUUUAGAGACACGCAUUUGGCAUCGUGAUUAUAGGGAUCGAAGAGCAUUACAACCGGAUGUAAUGUAUUAUCCAGAAAUGUUACCACCGCCCAGUUAUCCAGAUAAUGCAAUCAAUUGUGUAACAACACGAUUUGUUAAAACAGCUACAAAUAAAAUGCGUUGUCCCAUUUUCUGUAUGGCUUGGACACCAGAAGGUCGUCGACUUGUAACUGGUGCAUCGUCAGGUGAAUUCACAUUAUGGAAUGGUUUAACGUUCAAUUUUGAAACUAUUUUACAGGCUCACGAUAGUCCUGUUCGAACAAUGGUCUGGUCACAUAACGAUAAUUGGAUGGUAACUGGCGAUCAUGCAGGCUACGUCAAAUACUGGCAGAGUAACAUGAACAAUGUGAAGAUGUUCCAGGCACAUAAGGAAGCCCUUCGUGGCAUCAGCUUCAGUCCAUCGGAUAGUAAAUUUGUAACCUGUUCGGAUGAUGGUACGUUGCGGAUAUGGGAUUUCUUACAUUGCCACGAAGAACACGUUUUAAGAGGGCAUGGUGCGGAUGUUAAGUGCGUCCAAUGGCAUCCACAAAAAUCACUUAUAAUCUCAGGUAGUAAAGAUAAUCAACAACCAAUCAAAUUAUGGGAUCCAAAAACUGGACAAUCUUUAGCUACAUUGCAUGCUCAUAAAUCAACGGUUAUGGAUUUAAAAUGGAACGAUAAUGGGAAUUGGUUAAUAACUGCGUCACGUGAUCAUUUAUUAAAAUUAUUCGAUUUACGUAAUCUUAAUCAAGAAGUACAAACAUUUAGGGGACAUAAAAAAGAAGCAUCAAGUGUUGCUUGGCAUCCGGCGCAUGAAGGUUUAUUUGCAAGUGGUGGAUCCGAUGGUUCGAUUAUGUUCUGGCAUGUUGGCGCCGAUAAAGAAGUUGGUGCUAUUGAACAAGCUCACGAUAGUAUUGUGUGGACGUUGGCGUGGCAUCCAUUGGGUCAUAUUUUAUGUUCGGGAUCGAAUGAUCAUUCGAGUAAAUUUUGGACGAGAAAUCGUCCUGGUGAUAUGAUGCGUGACAAAUAUAAUUUGAAUACAUUACCAGCAGGACUUAGUGGCCUUGAAGAAUUUGAUGCAGAUGAACCAUCAGUAAUUCCUGGAAUGGGCCCUGAGGAUAAAGUCGAAAUAACAUUGCCGUCCGAUUCCGCAUCAAUGGCAAUACCUGGCCUUGAUUUGGAUGCACCACCGAGUAAUGCUGAAGAUAAACCAAACAAAACGAAGAAAGUGCCUUACAGCAAACCAAUUCCACGUAAUUUUCAAGCGCAAUGGAACGAUACAGAAGAAGAAGGUCCUAGAGAUAGUACAAUUAGUGAAGUUAUAUCGCAUAUUGUUGAAAAUACACCUGGUGUGGUUCCUUUACAAAAAAUUGCUCCAUCAGCCAUUAUUGUUUAUGGAAAAGUGUUGCCUGUUGAACCGGGUUCAGUAUUAGAGAAGAAAAUCGCAGAAGGACCUGAAGCUUUAAAACGAUACAUAGCUUCAGGUGCUAUUGAAGAGUUGCACGAUGUAAUGCCACACGAAGAAGACGACGACUAUCUGAAUGAUGACGAUGAUAGUACAACUACGCCUUUAACUUUACCAAAUGUUGUUCUUCCAACCCCGUUGCCGAGCUCGAAAUUACAGAAUCUAGCGGCAUUAGGAGCUCCAACAUUACCUCCAGCUCCAAAAAUACCAAGUUUAUUGGAUGCACCCAUACCAAAUCUCACAGAUAAAGUGAAAUCAGAACGGCCACGAAAAUCACGAUUUUCCGACAUAAAUGAAUCAACAAAUUCGAAUGACUCGACGAGCGUUAAUGCUCAUUUUAAUCGACCACAAUUUAAUACAUCGAACUUAGAUAAUAUGCGAGCGAAUAGCAUGGAUAUGUUUAGUAAUCCGAAUUCCAAUUUUAGUACUAACAAUGAUGAAAACCGACGACAAGAUCAAGAUUAUCGAGAUCAAAAUCGUCUUGGAGGUGGUGAUCAAAAUUAUCGUGAUCAAGGAUUUCGAAACAUGUAUCAGCAAGACAACUCAAAUUCGUAUAACGAUGAAAUGGAUGAUUAUCAUGAUGAAGAUGAUCGUGAUCGAGACAGUCCGAAACGUGGUCGAUUUGAUUCAUUCCGAGAUGAUCGUGACGAUAACGAUGAGUGGCAAUUUCGUAACUGGGACAAUAACGAUAACGGUAAUUUUAAUGGUAUGAAUAAUUUUGGCAAUGAUAACUUUGGUGGAAGACCAUCACCAAAUAAUUUCGGUAAUAAUUUUCGUCCACCAAGUGGUGGAUCAAACUUUGGAAAUCGACCAUUUGGUAAUCAAAAUAACUUCCGAAAUGAUGGACCAUCAUCAGGUGGUGGUGGAAGUGGUUGGAAUAACGGCGGUGGAGGUGGUGGAGGAGGAGGAGGGGGAGGUGGUCGUAAUAAUGAUAAUUUCCGUAAUAAUCGUGGAUUUCGUGGUCGUGGUUCUCGUCGGAAUAAUGGACGUGGUGGACCUCGGGGACCUCAAAGAGGUCGAAAUACAUUCAAUUAAUAUAGUGUCUUUAUUUUUCCAAGACAUUCUGUGAGACUAUUGUGAAAGAAAGUGAGAAAAUACAACAAAAAAAACGCUUAAAAAACAAUUUUGAUUGUACUUUCGUCCCCGAUAAUAGAAUUGAAUUUGAUUUUUUGUUUGUUUUAUAAAAAUGAAAGAAAGAGGAAGUGUAAGAAUUGUAAAAUGGUGUAAAAACUAAAAUAAAAACGGUUGUUUAAUAAAAGCUA